AUGACGACAUCAGAAAGACGACUCGUCGGCUUCUCCGAAGCAAUGGAUUGGCGUUUCAUGAACUUAGUCGAUCUCAGCCCUUUGAUGGUGUGCUCUUUGUGCCACGUUGUUCCGGAAGUGACGUAUGUUCUAGAAUGUUCUCACGUGCUCUGUGAACUGUGCUACCAGAAUGUUCUUCAGGCUAAACAACAAUGCCCUUUAGACGGUGAAGACUUCCGAGAAAGUGGUACAGGCAAGUUAAUGCUGACACCGGUGCAAAUAGGGAAACAAAAGGCGCAGUGUUGCAACUUCAAAGACGGAUGUGAUUUCGUUGGAACUACCGAACAAGUGAAGCAGCACUUUUUCAAGGAGUGUGCAUUUCAUGCGGUCACCUGCACUCGAUGCCAAGUGAAGGUGCUCAGAAACGAGAUCGUUGAUCACUACAUCCAGCAAUGCAGGUCACGCCAACCUCCAAUUGUGUGCUCAGCGGCAGAUGUCAUGGACGCUGCAUUGGAGAUGGGAAAGAAGAUCGACGUUUCACUGGGGGCCAUGACGCUCCGACUGUCUGCAAUUGAGAAACAACUCCAGAGUCACGCCGAAGGAAGAAAGAAAGCCUUGGACAGUGAAGUAUCAAACGUUGACAGAACGAAGACGACCGUGGAAAAACAAGAAUGUCUAACAAAUCACGACAGCUUCGAAACUGUAAACGAGAGGAUGCGUGUCAUGAUGGAGCAAAUCGAAGAACUGACGAACUGGGUACGUGUCAUAAACAAUGAGUUGUCAGAUGACACUUAA